AUGGCAGCUAGUGGUCCUGAUGGCCCCUACCUCGAUCUAUGGGGCCUGGUGCAACGGUACCUCCUCAACCACCCUCCCUCCCUCCUGACGGCCGGUGAGUUGGUACAGCCAGGGACCAUCUCAGGCUCAGUGGGGGAGUGUGAAGAAUGUAUAGUUAAGUGUUACCUGGUCUUCCUCAUAGACCCAACCCAGUACCUGACCGACCGGUCCAGGGUGGCCUAUAUGGCGCUCCGGGUAACCGGCCCAGCACUGCGCUGGGUGGGGUCCCUGGUCCCCUCCUGGCAGGAGGAGGUGGUCCUCAACUCUCUGGGCCGGUUCAUAACGCUCCUUGGCAGGGAGUUUGGGCCACCAGACAUGUGGUCAUCAGCUAGUCGUCAUCCUAAGCCUCCGCCUCCCAGCAGCUCGCCUGCUCUGCCUCCCAUCUGCUCAGCAGUUCCUGUCCCCGCUGGAUUGCCGCUGCCGCCAGCCUCCAGUUCCAAGGCCCAGCCACCGCCACCAGCCUUCAGUUCCGAGGCCCAGCCACCGGUUUCCAUCCCGGAGGCCCAGCCGACCGGUCUCCCGCCCUGCUGUCCCGUCGCCGGUCUCCCGCCCUGCUGUCCCGUCGCCGGUCUCCAGCCCUGCUGUCCCGUCGCCGGUCUCCAGCCCUGCUGUCCCUUCGCCGGUCUCCAGCCUUCGCUGCCUCCUCCCGUCUCCAGAGGGUCCCAGCCUUCGGCGUCGCCUCCCCGAGAUGACCAGCUCCACCUGGGUCCAAGCUCUGGGUCGUCCGCCCGAGGUGACCAGCUCCACCCGGGUCCAAGCUCUGGGUCGUCCGCCCAAGUUCCCAGGCGCCACUCCGGUCCCAGCUCCCGGCCGUCCGCCCGAGUUCCCAGGCGCCACUCCGGUCCCAGCUCCCGGCCGUCCGCCCGAGUUCCCAGGCGCCACUCCGGUCUCAGCUCCCGGCCGUCCGCCCGAGUUCCCAGGCGCCACUCCGGUCUCAGCUCCCGGCCGUCCGCCCGAGUUCCCCGGCUCCACACCUAUUCAGACUCCAACCAGCUCCCCGGAUCGGCUUGCUCCCUAUGGUGAACAGGCCACCACGUUGGGGGAGGGGGUUUUCGGCCCUCGGGAGCUGGCCGUGGAGGGGGGGGGUACUGUCACAGUUAUGCCAGGCCUCACAGCCUGUAAUCACCCACACCUGCUCCCAAUCACACUCCUGCUCCCCAUCAAUCCCAAUCACAGACAGUAUAAGAACACUCCACUCACUUCAUUCAGGGUCCGACCUCGCUCGCGUAUAGGACUCUAUGCACCAUAUAACACAAGUGCUCUUUGUGUUAGUUUACAGUGCUUUCCCUCGUUUCCAGUGUGUCUCCAGUUUCCUGUGUCUCCUGUGGUUUCUCCAGUCCUCCGUGGCUUCUCCAGUUCCCUGUGGCUUCUCCAGUCCUCCGUGGCUUCUCCAGUCUUCUGUGGAUCCUCCAGUCUCCUGUGGCUUCUCCUGUGAUCCCCGAGUCUCAGUUUACUUCAGUGACCUCCCUACAUCCACUACCCCUUUCCGAACACUCUCCUGGCUGUCAUUAAAUAAAGUGCAUUCCUGUCA